AUGUCCCGGCCUCAACAACAACGCGGUCCGAAUCCUAAAUAUUUUAACGACAAGAUAGUGAAUGUGGCUAUUGUUCAUCCCAUUGCUUCGUCAAUUGAGCCAAAGACGGUGUCGCAGGCAUUAAAGAAAGAGUUGUGGACAACUGCCAUGACCGAUGAGUUUAAUUCAUUGGUGCGAAAUAAAACGUGGGAGUUAGUACCGCGGUGUAGCCAUGUUGUGGUUGAUUGCAAGUGGGUCUUCCGGGUAAAACGCAAAGCUGAUUGUUCAGUUGAUAGGUUCAAGGCUCGGUUGGUCACGAAAGGCUUUCUGCAGGAGUCUGGUCGUGACUAUUUUGAGAUGUUUAGUCCGGUGGUCAAACCGGUGACCAUUCAGGUUAUUCUGAAGAGGUCUAUAUGGAACAACUGGCUGGUUUUGUUGAUCAACAGUUGCUUGGUUAUGUCUGUAAGCUAG